CGCGCAUGCGCCCCUGGGGCGGGCGGUGCUUUAGGGCCGCUGCGGAGCGCAGCCGGUUGUCGGGGCACUGCAUCGCGGGUGAGGGCGGGCAGGCCCAGAGGAGGCCGCGUUGCCCCGGCGCCGCGGCCGGUGGGUGUGAGCGCGGAGACGCUCGGCGGUACGAGUGAGGAUCCGCCGCGGCGGGUCCGCAGGGCUCCCGUGGGACGCCGCGGCGUCCGGUGGCGGGCCUGGGGCUGCAGUGGCGCCGCGGCCUGCUCAGCGUCCCGUGCUCUGCCGGCGCGCAGGGGGGAGCCGCGGAACCGGAGAAGAUGAGCGACGCCGCGCUGCUUCUAGGCAGUGAGCGCCCCGAACACUGAUGCAGAAAAUCAAUAAGAACGUGGUCCUGGCGCUCCUUUCUCUGGCCAGCCUGGUUUUCCUCCUCUUCCAGCUGUACUAUUACAAGUUCUACCUGUCGCACAAGAAUGGAACGGUUUUUUCCAAAGUCAGAGGAAGCCAGUCAGGCCAAGACAUCACUAGAUGGCACGUGGUUAGGAAAUUCCUAGGCUUAGCAGCCAGUUACAAUAUACCAGUGUAUUUGAUCGAUCCUUUCAUUCUGGGACUGAUUGCUAAAGACAUUGAACAGAUCAGAAGUUCUCCUGAAGGUCCUAGUCCGGAAUGCAAGUACUUUUGUGCUCCAAGAGACUUUACUACAUUUGCACUACUGGACAAAACAUGGAAAUAUGAAUUGGAGUAUAGUUGGCCUCAGAUCCUUUGUAUCCUCGACUCCGAAAACCUAAGGGUCGACCUCAGGUUUCUCCUGGUGCUUUCUGCCAGAGGCUCCAGGAAGAACCACAGUGAACCUCUUUUUGUGGGCUGCCUCUGUCCUCUCUCUCGAGAUUGGAAACGCCUUUUCCUAAUAGCUGAAACACAGGUAGGACUUUUAAAAACUGCUGAGAAAAUGGGGUUCCAAUGGCUAAAGAUUAUAAACAAGGACCCCCGCUUGGAUGGGAUGGAUGACCUAUCUGGGAUUGAAAUACCCUUGCACUACAUAUUUAAACUGGCAUCUCAUGCCAUUCACCUGGUGGUCUUCUAUGAGAGGAGUGGUAAUUAUCUCUGGCACGGCCCCCUGAGGCUCAAGCAACACAUGGACAGAAAGUUUGUGCCUUUCCGGAAACUCCACUUUGGUCGCUACCCUGGAGCAUAUGAAAAGCCAGAACUUCUCCUUGUUUCCAUUGAUGACUUAAAAGUUCAAAUUCCAAAAAAUCCAUCCAGUUUUCUAGAGGAGAUGUUACACUCUAGAUUUCUUGAAUGUAGGUACAGAGAAGCUCGGUCUUUCUUUCAGCUGUAUCCUGAUGAUGCCUCUCUUGAUGCAGUGGAGUUCAGAAAAAAAGCAAAAUCCUUGCUCCAUCUGGCUGCCCUGACACUGAAUAACUUAGGAGUAAAGUUCUGGCUGAGCAGUGGAACAUGCCUUGGCUGGUAUAGACAGUGCAAUGUCAUUCCUCACAGCAAAGACGUGGAUUUAGGAGUCUUCAUAAGGGACUACAAAGCAGAUAUUAUUCCGGCCUUUCAGAAAGCAGGAUUACCACUGAAGCACAAAUUUGGCAAGGUAGAAGACAGCUUGGAACUCUCUUUCCAGGGAGAUGAUGUGAAACUUGAUAUUUUUUUCUUCUAUGAAGAGGAUGACCACAUAUGGAAUGGAGGAACUCAGGCCAAAUCGGGCAAAAAAUUUAAGUAUCUCUUUCCAAAGUUUACUCUAUGUUGGACUGAAUUUGUAGAACUCAAGGUACAUGUGCCCUGUGAAACCCGUCAGUAUGUUGAAGCCAACUAUGGCCCAGACUGGAAGGUUCCUGUGAAGAUGUGGGACUGGAAGAGCUCACCGUCCAAUGUGCAGUACAACGGUGUCUGGCCUGUCGAUGAAUGGGACGAUGUAAUUCAAAUCUACUGACCACCUGCCUGCUAAUAGAACAUGCCUGCUGUCCUUGAAACUGUCAGUUUGUAAUUUCCCAGAAGCGUCAAGAUCUGUUCCUUUUGUAACUUCUCAUCUGUUUCCUUAGGAAUCGUUUACCUUUAUUUGCUUAAGAGGUAUUUUUUUCAUCUUCAUUGUCCAUUUUCCCGUUAGCUAAAGGAAAAGAUUGAAGGCAGGAUGUGGCAACUGAAGAGAAGGGAAGCUGAAAGAAAAGCUUCACCAAGAGACUAGAGAAGAAAUGUUGUAGUGAACUUAUGGGCCAUUGACUGUUUAAAUGUCAGCAGUGUCCAGGUGACUUAGACUUUCCUGGGAUCAUGAAAACCUUGAGACUGUUCACUUCUCAAGCUGAAAAUGGGGAUAGAAUGGAAAAAUCCCAGAGAAAAUCCCUCUUUUUUUCAGAGGAGAUCCUGUGAAUAUUUAACUUUUAAAGACCAGAGUUAUGAGUACCUCAAAUGUGCUUGAUUUGAGACUGAUACAUCCAUCCCUACAAUAGGUACCAUGUUGCUGUUGAGAGUGGAGCUUUUCUGUUACACAGAACCUGUGUGACUCACCUGCUUUACGUGGAGGAGGUAAUGGUAUAAUACUAAAUGAAUGAAAAGAAAAACUGUCCAUAUCAGAGAUCUUCAAAAACAGUUGGUUUUUUUGUGAACUAACCACUGCAGGCAAUUAUGGCAGGGAAUGUUAUCUUUUUUUUUAUUUUUCUUGGGUUUUUUUUCUUCUUUUUUUUUUAAGAGCAGGAAGGUGCAUGCCACAGGGAUGUCUUUCCCAUGAAAAAACAAAUAUUCUGGUUUUGAUAUUUCAAUUUUAGAAAAUUAUAGCUAUCCUUGCUUUCUUACAGAUAGAUAGAAAUGGGGGUAUGCAUAGUUUUCCGUUUAACAUGGGCUCACAGAACAGAGAUCUCAGGGAAUCACAGCUCUUUUCUCUAAGUGUAAGUAGAAGCAUGUACAAAUACCAACUAUUCUAUCAAAUUUGCAGUAGCAUAAUUGCAAAUGAAGUGUUAGUGUAACAUUAGGCUUUGGAUGAGAAGAAGGUGGAAGCUUGGCAGCUCUUUCCUUUUGCUUCUGCUUGUGCUUUUGGUCAAAGAAGCAAGCUUGCUUCAAUGCUGUGUAGAGGGAUAAUAACUUUCGUAUGAACAUGUGUGUCCGAGUUUGUUCCAGUUCUGCUGUGCAGGGAAGAGAAGGGCGCUAGAGCUACUAGUUACUAUCGCUGUAAUACAUGGUACAGACCGAGGAGUACUUGUUCACCAGUUUCAAGGUACUGAAUAGAGCACAUCUUGACUUGCAUCAAACCUGUAUCUAUUCUUUCCUUGCUCAAGCAGAAAGGUUACGUGUGGAUCGGGGCUUUUCCACCUUUCACUGGGUAGAGGUAGGUUGAGUCUGUGGUUUGUGGUGUUCGUUGAUUUGCAGUUUUCAGCUGUCUGUUCAAAUGUGUGGAUUUCUGGAGAGAUGAAAUGGCUCCCUUGUGAUGGUUUUACUACUCUGUCAUUCCAGCUACACUCUGGGGCUUCCCUGAUGUUUUUGUCCUGGAGUGUGCUGCUUGCUGCCAGUCCUCCCAGUACAGCAGUCUCCUGUCACUGAAGCCCUAAAGUAAAUGGUUAUACUUCUGGCAACAACUUGUCAGGUUGGCUCUUCUGUUGGUGUGGUAACUUUGUUAACUUUGCCCAAUUGAGAAGAGAGAGAUGUGAAAUCCUGCUGAUGCAGUUUACUUGGUAAACAUUACAUCAUAAGGGAUAAUUUUUCAGGUAGAAUUCUUUCGUCUUUUUCCUUAAAAUAAAAGAAAGCUCAUGUCCUUCUGGUUUUUGUGUUCAUAACUCUGUUCUUGUGAACUUUUUUGUUUAGUAAUGUACAGUAAGCCUGUAAGUUUUUCAAAUGUGAUAGAUGUUUAAGAGUGAAAGAAAAGUUACUAUCAUAAAAUUAUAAUCCUGUCAGAUUGUUGACUUUGUAGAUAGAAAGACUAAUGGAAAAAAAUGCAUGUCCCUGAAAGGGAGGAUGUCUUCAAUAUUUGAUUAUACCUGUAAGUUAUUCUUCAGGUUAAAAUAUUUUCUCUUCAGAACAUACACGUGCAUAUGUAACACUGAUUAAGAAGAAGAGUCUAAUUUGCAACUCAAGAUGUUGUUUCACCCUUUAUUCAGUAAUCGUGGGCAGCAAUUAACCCACUUCAUUCCGGUUACUGUGACAUAACACGCAGAGAAAAAUUCUGAAUUGUUUUUUACACUGUUUAUUGACUGUCUGUCUUGAGUGUUUGUGUCCAAGCAUCUCUAUUAAAAAACAACAAAGAUACUUUGAAUAAAGCAGGUGCCCAUAUGUAGAAAAAAGGAUCCUUGAAUUGCACGAACACAUUGCAACUUCUGCAUGUCACCUGUCAUGCCUCGUGCGGUGCCCUGGCUGCACGUUUUCUGCUUGAGGAUUGCAUCCUAAGGAGCGGUGUAAACACUGCGGAACUGGUGCUCUUUGAAGGCAUGCUCUGGGGCUGAAACCUUACGAUUGCCCACAGAAAUACACAGAUUUAGGCAUUUGUUUCCUGUUAGGCUCUCCUGGAUUUCCAUAUCUCAAGUGGAUUCUUAAUUCUGUGUUACUUUCCUAAACACUAAAUACCUUCAUUUUUAAAGUGCUCUGGAGUACAGGGCAAUUUCUAAAUUUAGCGGCGUGCUUUUAUGGUCUUAAGCAACAACACACAAAGUACCUUGACUUUCAGGUGACAAACGAAGCACAUUCCAUAUGUGUAACUGCUAAAGACAGCAGAGCCUAUUCAAGCAAUGCCCAUGAUUUGAGAAGUUGAUAGCAAGAUGUUCAAAGCUCUGAAAUAACUACAAAGUUUGAAGAAAUAGUGUUGCCUGAAGAAAAGGGACCGUGAAGAGUCUUAUUUUCACUUUCCUUUUCCCUUUUCCUUUCCUCCUGUAAUGAUGCAAUGACUUUCAGGAGCUUAGAUCUGUGCUUUCUUUCUGAUUGAUAGAAUUCUGUUGAGUUCAUGCAGCAGUUCAAGAAGUUCAGGGGCAGCUACCUCACUGUUAAGGCAUACUUUCUUUCUCUCCAUGUAAUUCUAUCACAUUAUUGCAGAACAAAAUGCGGUAACUUGGAAAACUGCACACAAACCCUUCAAAGACUAGCACUUGUAUCUAAUAUCUACAUCCUCUGUUUUAGUAAAUAGGCACCAGCAGCUGAUUUACGUCAGCUGAAAAUCUUGUUUAAUAGCAUUAGAUUGCCUAAUGGUAAAUUCUCUACUGAUGCUUGUGUUAUACGUAGAUAUGCUAUUGAUUUAGACUGCAGCAGAGCACAUGAGUUAUGAGUUGAAUUAGUCUUUUGAAAUCCAAGACACUGCUGUAAUUAAGGGGCAUGGGUGAGAGCUUUCACUUUGGAAAAAAAAAAAGGACAAUGAAAGUUUUGUUCUUAAAGAAGGGAAAAUAACCCUGUUGUGGUUGGGCCUGUUGUCCUGAAAAAAUAAAACUUUCCUGCUGGUUACUGGGGAAGUCACAAAAUUUACUAGGUGAAAUAUUAUGCCUGAUGCUUUACAGAUCAUAUUGCAAUCUCAUAGCAUUCCUCUUCCAGACCUAAAACUUCUGAAUACCUUCUUUUAUCAAAAUAAUUAGCUUGAGCAUGGUGGCUACAAUGUUCCUGUAUUUCAGACUGCAGGAACAUGAAACAUUGGUAUCACUCAGGGCAGUAAUAUGUCGGAGGCAGUACUUGAUGUGCAAAGAUUCAGGUUAGUUUUGAAACAGAAAGCAAUUUAGACCUGUGGUUGAUAGCAAGCUGAAUACCUGGCUACACAGGAUGGUGGUGUAAGCAAAUGAAAUGGAUGUGGGGAAGAGCACUGGCAUCUGCAGGAAUAGUGAAAUGACACUUAUGUAACUAUGUUCAGCAUUUCAGCUAGUGUAUAAAGAUCAGCGCAGCCUUGCCUAUUAAGGUGGUAGAUCAGUUGGGGAGUGUUUAGAGGAAAAUAGUGGGCUAUAGAAAACCACCUAGAAGGAAAUGUUGAAAGAAGUGUGGUUGUUUAGGCUGAGAAGGAUGUAGCAGAUACUACAUCCUGUUCACUUGGUUGACAAUGCAAGAAUGAAGAACCCUAAAUUUCACCAAGGAAGAUCGGACUGGACUGUAGGGAAAGUUUUGGAAUUUAAUGAUAUAAUGAGAGGCUAAUAGCUUGAGGAAGGACAUAGUAUCUCUACCCUUGGAGGCAUUCAAGAAUGUUGUUGGUCCAUAAACAUCUGGAAGAAACUGAUUGUGUGUCUUCUUGCUGUCACCUGGAAGAGGGCCUGACUGAAUUUAGGAAGUUUUUUCAUUAUUUAUUUCUUUGUUGUGUUUGGGUUUUGUUGUUGUGGUUUUUUUGUUUGGUUGUUUUUGUUUUGUUUUUUUAAUUUUUGUGUGUGUGUGAUCUAAACAAUAUUUCAAUAUUUGGCCUGUACAAUUCAGCCUCCUGAGGAUGCUGGUGGAAUAGCUUUAUCUCAAGAAAUAAGAGGUAGUGUUAGCAGGCUCGGGGUGCUAUUCUCUGAAGAUUAGAUUGUAAUCCUAGAAGUGACUUAUAGUGCGUAUUUCAGAAAGUCCAGGUUUGCCAGGUAGCAUCAGGGUAAAAAUGUUAUGGGUGUGUAUGGAUCUCUGACUUGAGACAAAAUCCCAGAAUAAGAGAGUCGUGGGACCUCUGGAGGUCAUCUUGCCCAACCCUUGUUUUCCAACAGGGCCACAUAGAGCUGUUUGCCUAGGACUGAGUUCAGCUGGCUUAUGUAUAUUUCCAAGGAUAAAGAAUCCACAGUUCCUCUGGAUCUGGGCAGCCUUUACUGAUGCUCAGCCAUCCUCACAAUGAAGAAGUGCGUCUGAUGAUAAGGAACCUCCUGUGUUUCAGGUUUUGCCUGUUGCCUCUUGUCCUGUCAAUGUGCAACACUCAAAAGAGCCUGGAUCCUUCUGUUUUGCACCCUCCCUUCAAGUAUUUAUAUACAUUGAUGAGCCUUUGGUCAGAAAAGGAAGGCUGAAGAAAACGUUCUGGCCACCCUGAUAAAUCAUAGAACUAUAGAAUGGUUUGGGUUUGAAGGGAUCUUAAAGAUCAUCUAGUUCCAGCUCCCCUGCCAUAGCCAGGGACACCUUCUACUAGAGCAGAUUGCUCAAAGCUCAUCCAGCCUGGCCUUGAAGACUUCCAGGGAUGGGGCAUCCACAACUUCUCUAGGUAACCUGUUACAGUGCCUCACCACCCAAAUUUCUUACCUAAUGUAGUCUCUUUCAGUUUAAAACUGUUACCCUUCCUCCUAUCACUACUCUGAUAACGCAUCACUCCCCAUCUUUCCUGUAGGUACUGGAAAGUUGCUAUAGGGUUCCCCUGGAACCUUCUCAUCUCCAGGCUGAACACCACCAACUCUCUCAGCCUGUCCUCAUAGCAGAGGUGUUCCGCCUCUCUGGUCAUCUUCAUGGCCCUACUGUGGACCCUCUCCAACAGGUCCAUAUCUUCCUUAUGCUGAGUGCUCUGGAGCUGAACAUUGUACUCCAAGUGGGGUCUCACAAGGGCGGAGUAGGGGAGAAUCACCUCCAUCAAUCUGCUGGUCACACUUUUUAUGCAGCCCAGCAUAUAGUUGGUUUUUGAGGCUGGAAGUGCAUGUUGCUGGCUCAUGUCCAGCUUUUCCUUCACUACUACCCUCAAGUUCUCUGCAGGGCUGCUCUUAAUCCACUCAUUGCCCAGUCAGUGUCCAUGUUUGGUAUUGCCCCGACCCAUGUGCAAGACCUUGCUCUUGGUCUUGUUGAACUUAAUUGGGUUUACACAAUCCCACUGUCCGUGUUCCCAACAAAGAUGUGAAAUAAUACGGGUCCCAAUACAGACCUCUGAGGGACACCAAUCAUCACUGGUCUCCACCCAGACAUUGAGCAGUUGACCACAACUCUUUGAGUGUGACCAUCCAGACAGUUCCUCAGCUACCAGAGCAUCCACCCAUCAAAUCCAUAUCUCUCCAGUUCAGAGACAAGGAUGUUGUGUGGGACGGUAACAGUCCCCUGAGCGGCAGUUGCGCACACUAGACCGCAGCUCAUGCUUGAACACACACCAAAACCCCCACCCCAGAAAAACAGAGAUCCAGACAGCAGCUCACACUCAAAUACAAUCACGCGCUCUACCACUGCAGAAAAUGAAGAGGAAACUGGAUCACGCUUUGAAUCCCCAAGCAGUGAGUCCCUCUUCCCAUCUGCCCCCCCCCAGUUUUAUACUGAGCAUGACCUCAUGUGGGAUUGAAUAUCCCUUUGGUGAGUUUGGGUCAGCUGUCCUGGCUGUGUCCCCUCCCAGCCUCCUUUGAAAAUUAACCCUAUCCCAGUUCACCCAGCACACUGUCCUGAAUGCACUGCUUAGGAACAAGAAAGAACUGGUCAGGGCUGUGAUAGCAAAUAGGAGCCAUGACUGUAAUGACUGUGAUACAGAGAAGUUCAAGAUUCUGGUGGGGGUUAGGAGGUGAGUAGCCCUGGACCUCAUGAGGGAAACCUGUGGCUGGUUCAGGGAAGAAGUAGGUUGGAGGCAGUUCUUGUGGGAGCCCACUCUGAAGAGCAAAGGAGAUCAAAAGGGCUAUCAGGCCUUUAGAGAUAAUCUCCAAACACAAGGGAAGUCCUUGUUGGUGCUCAAAAAGAAAACACAACAGAUAGCUCAGGAGACUGGCAUGGCUGCAGGACAGUCAUCCACACUUCUGCUUCCAGGGAAAGUAUGAACCAAGCCCUCCUGGUGGCCAUUUCUGGCCACAUGAGAAACCAAUACAAGUGGUGACAGCAACGCCAACCUCAUUGUUAGAAACACCAAGCCUAUUUCUGUAGUUUUCAUACAUUUAUUGUACUAUUUGACCAUUAGUUUCCUAGUCCCCUUGGGGGCUGGCAGGUGCUCCAGCUGCUGGCCCAGCCCUGGUUUCGCCAGCUCCUGAGGCACCCUCCUACAGUUGCCGGUGGGGUGGCCUCUUGUUUGGCGGUGAAGUGGCCUCAGGGCUACCGGCCCUCCUCUUCGGGGCUCUCCGGGCCCUCCCAGGGGAGCACUGGCUGCCCCGGAUGGGAGUGGAGGCCAUGGGCCCAGCCUCCUCUGCAUCCUCCUGCAGCUCCUCUGGAUCCUCCCGUGGCUCCUGUGGCUCCCCGUGGGUGGGGACAGGGACAGAGCGGGUGCUGGUGGGACCCCCACGAAGGGCAGCCGAGGAGGUGCUGGGGAGCUCUUCUGCCUCAGAUCUGUCAGUGCUGCUGGAGGGGGCUGGACUGGGGGCAGGAGAGCCCCUUUGGGAGGCAGCAGGGCCAGGAGCAGCUUCGGGGCUGCCCUCCCGCUCCUCGGCAGCCCAGUUGUCCCUCAGGCCCAUCCGGCGUUGGGCCUCGUUGCUGCACCGCGCCACCACGGUGUCAAUCAGCCGGCGCACAAAGCUGACCGUGUGCGGGCCCAGGGCAGCCCGCAGCAGCUGGCACAGGGCUUCCUCAUCUGGGCCAAAGAGUCUCAGGUUGGACAUGACCAGCCUCUGCACUGAUGCUGCUUCCUGGCGGGCACCCUCGAAGAUCAGCCACAGCUGGUGUCGCAGCCAGAGCACCAGGUGCCGCAACAGAACUGGGUGCUGCCGGAAGAGCAACGCCCAGACGUGGGGGUGGAGGCCGCCCACAGGGGCCCUGGGUACCAGCCUCACAGCUGAUGGCUGGGAUGCUGCAGGGCCAUGGAGAUUUUGGGCGUCUCGGUGUCCAGGAGCUCCUGUCAAGUGGGUGACAACGGAUGGUGCUGCAGGUGGAGGGAUGACGAGCUCCUGAAAGUCGUCAUCCCCUUGCACCGAGUGUAUGAUGGAGUGGAUCCUCCUCUUGCAGAGGGGACACUCAGGCUUGCUUUGUGCCCACCGCAGGAUGCAUGUAUAACAGAAUUGGUGGAGGCAUGGCAUCACGUAGCUGGCCUCCUCCCAGCUGUCCAGGCAGAUGGGACACCGGUUGUGCUGCUCCGUGGCCAUGCUGUCCACUUGCUGCGGUGGGCUCGGGGGAGCUGGGGACGUGGAGCUGCCCCCUCGCACCGGUGCUGCAGCAGCCGCUGUUGUGCUGGAAAAGGAAGAGAGGCCACGGUUACUGGCUGGCCCGGGGAGGGGUGGAAGGAAUGCCCAGGUUCCUCCAGAAGGAAACUCUCCCAGCUCCCCGGGGUGAGGUGUCCCUGCCCAGUUCACCUCUGCUGCUGCGAGCUGUCUCCUGGGUGCCCCGGCUGCCUGAACCUGGCAGGGCCGGGGAAGAUCCUCCCGUGGCUCUGGGGUUGUGCACUGAGAGCUGCAAGAACAACUCCCCGAGCACAGCACCAGCACCAACAACAGCCUCGCUCAACACUCCAAACCUCGCAGACUCGCUUGGCUGGAGUGCGGUCACAAGACGGCUGGGUGAGACUCAACGCCCGGAUAUAAGCAGUGAGGGGCGCCUGGUCACGAUUGCUUGGGAAUGUCAUAGUCCAUCACUAGGUGACAUCAGAACUCACCACUGAGGACUGUCACUUGGGGACAUCAUGACAGACCAUCCUUGCCCACAGCACUGAGGCCCCAGCACACGUCUGGAGUUACCACAGAGCCACUGCCCACUCCAUCCCCACAUCUCUUGUCUUGUGCUCGGCAUCUGUGUUUCACACCAGUCACUGAAGCCUUGGCCUUGUCUUCCCAGGGCCCGGUCAGGUUGCUCUGGCUGGGACAGGCAUCUCCAGGCCCAUAAGGCAAGAGGAUUCACUCACUAACACCUUGUGCCUCCCUGGGAGGCUGCAAGGCAAAGCCCACAGGUUGGAUAUCAGAAAUAAACGACAUGCUAGCUGAAGAUUUGACUCUGAAGUGUGCAGUGUGACAUUUUCCACCAGACUGUCCUUCAUGGCUUUGGGAGAGAGAAAAGGUCCCUUCAAGCUACGAGAGUUUGCUGAAUUUUUUUCUCCUAAGGUUGGCAAGUGGAAGGAACAAUCUCUUCAUCUGUUUUGCAUUUCAGCCUUUCACAGCUCUGGAAUUAUUACUUCUGCCCUAGUUGAAUUGCUUGCUGAACACUGGAUUUUGGAGGUGUCGAGGGUUAAGAUUGCGGGGUGACAAUAAAACCCUGGCAGAUGUAUUGUUAACCUCCUCUCUCCCCCUGCCACUUCCGCCUUUUGCCCCUCCCUCUCCCCGCUUCCCACUCAGGACAGGUGAUCGAGAGGGAAAGAAGAACAGAGAGAAGAGAGCUGGAAAAAUUAACAAUGUUUUACUAAUGCUACUAAUAAGAAUAGAUAAAAUAAUACAAAAUAUACAAAACCAAUCUUGAAAGUCUCAGCAACUGCAGAGCCGGCACCCGAAGUCCUGGAUUAGACUCCGCAGCCAACCGGAGCUGGAUUCAGUCUCUCACUGGCCUCGGUUUGCAGGGACGACUAGCAAGGUCCUCUUCUAAUGUCAGCUAUAAGCAAAAGGGAAAGGGAAAAGGCAAAGGGAUGAUAUCCUCGCGAUCUCCCACUUUUAUAUGAAGUAUUCACAUGAAUGGAAUGUUAUACACAGUUGGUCAGUUUCUUGGUCACUUGUUUCUCGUCGUCGCUCUCGCGAGAUGUCCAUCCGUGCUUAUCAAUAAGUUUGCAUUCCAUUGCUAUGUUUACCAAAACAAGUGUCUGGUUCUCCAGGAAAAUGCAGCUAAUAUGAAGGCUUUAGCUGACAGGCAAAUUCACUAAAAGAGAAACUUGUUUUUAACAAAACCAGGACAGGAGGUGAUUGUCCUGCUCUGCUCUUCACUGGUGCGGCCUCACCGGGAGCACUGUGUGCAGUUCUGGGCAACACAGGAUAAAAAGGAUAUAAAGCUACUGCAGAGUGUCCAGAGGAGGGCCAUGAAGUUGGUGAAAGGUUUAGAGAAGAAGCUGUAUGAGGAGUGGCUAAAGUCACUUGGUUUGUUGAGCCUGGAGGAGACUGAGGGGAGACCUCAUGGCGGCUGCAGCUUCCUCACAAGGGGAGGAGGAGGGGCAGGUGCUGAUCUCUUUGGUGACCAAUGACACAACCCAAGGGAACGUCAGGAAGAUGUGCCAGGAAGGUUUAGGUUGGACAUUAGGAAAAGGUUCUUCACCCAGAGGGUGGUGGAGCACUGGAACAGGCUCCCCAGGGAGGUGUCACAGCCCCAAGCCUGCCAGUGUUCCAGAAGUGAAUGGACGACGCCCUCAGACACAUGGCGUGAACUGUGGGGUUGUCCUGUGCAGGGACAGGAGUUGGACUUGGUGAUUCUUGUGGUUCUCUUCCAUCUCAGAACAUUCUAUGAUUGCUGGAGUCAUAAGGAAGAAAAAAUAAACCUGAACCAAACCACAAGAACAAAACCACCUUACUUUGUUGUAAGAUGUUUCUAGCUAAUGUGGAGCCAUAUUUGAUCUCAGGAUCCAGGGUGGACUGGAGAGGGGUUUAACCUGAAUUGCUGUGUGAUACCUAAAUAACACCCAGGAUCUGAGCAGAAAUGGGCAUCUACCUCCUGGACAGGCAGCACUGUCCAAAUGGAACAGUCCUGGGUCUGGUACAUUCCCUGCUAAUGCUGAAAUUGCUGAGAAGAAAAAGGGGAAUGGGAGAGCGCAAGGAGCUUUUCUAAUAGUCUUCCAUUAUUCAGCAAGUCUAGGUUACAGAAAAAUGCCUGACUUAGGCCAUUUUGUAGAGGGAAGACUGCCAGGAGUUUGGGAGUCCCCAGUACUUUGCAUGCCAAGGGCCUUUUUUUUUUUUUAAUAUGUGAGGAAAGAGGAAGACAUGAAGUAGAGGGAAACAUGUAUAAACAACUCCUUGCUGAUCUGAUGCUUAGCUAGUACAAAGAGAGAGGGCUGCUGAUGUCAGCCCAGCUGCCAUGGUUUACACCAGAAGUGGCAAAUCCAAACCACCCGCCAGGUGGGAAUUGCAGUCCUCCCACAUAGGGCGGAUGAGGACCAGUGACCAGUUGCAGCUGGGAUGUUUCAGGCUAUUCUUCCUUGUCCUCUCUGGCCCUCCUCCACUAAUUCUCAUCCUCAGUCUGUGCUCCAUCUGAGGGAGCUGGGACUCAAGCAGAGACUGUUCUUUAUAGGGGAAAAAAAAAAUGUCAUCAUGGGCAUGCAGAGAGAUGUGAGUGGAAAUGAGUUGUGCUGAUAAGCCUUCUGACUGUAUUUUAUUUUACUGAGGUUCUUAACAAAUAAUCUUUAUGCAGUGCAAACCUGGCUUAUCAGUCUAAUGCAGAUAGUCUGUAAUCCUUAUCUCCACCAGCCAGUUAGCUGGAGUGAUCCCCUUUUCAUGAUGAAUAGAGAAUGAAGAGCUGCACACAAGCUGACCCCUCCCUCCUUCCAAUCAUUGCCAUUUACUGGCAGUGAACUGAAUGGCUCUGAUUUCCAAACUCAUAAAUAACGAGGGGGCUUUAGAGCUGAGCUGCCCUGUGUUUAGAAACAGUUCAGCUGUGCAGGGGGCCUGAGUGGGCUGGGAGGGGCAUAGAGGCAGGACAGCAGGGAUGGGAAAGGAAAAAAGGAAGAAGUCCCUGUUUUGUUGCAUCUUUGUGAGAAGAACAGUCUAAGUUUAAGCCACCUCUUAAUGCUAGAGAUAGUGCGAUCUCCUCACAUGCUCAGAUGCAUCCCUUCCUUUAAUGACUGUCAGCAGAGCCUGUCCCUGACAUUUGAUUAUGUUUCCUUGGCAUGCUUUUUGCUCCAUAACUUUGCCCGCUGUGUGCUGGGGAGAAGCUGCUGCUAUUUGUAAGUUGAAGAUUUAUGGUGAGAAAUCUGCCUGCUGCUCAGGAGAAGGUUUAUUCUUAAUUCUGUUCAUGCUGUAUAUGUACUUUCUGUAACUCCUUUGAGUCAAGUUUGUAUACAUGGGAAAUGGAUGGCAGCUAAAUAGCUCUGCUGCCUUUUCUGGGGACAGAAGCAUGGAAGAAAUAAUAGCAGCUGUGAGGAAGAUUUGUUGUUCUGGCUGUUGAGCUAUUUGGCAUAUAGAUAAAAGUUCAUCUCUGGGAAUGCAUGAUGGAGAAAACAGAUGCUGCUGUUUUUUCUGUGGUGGGACACCAUGAGAUGCCACAUGAUCUGCACCAGGUCCUAGCCUUUUAAUUCCAAAAUAUAGAACAAGCCUGUACUAAAGUGACAACAGUGAAGAACGGGACGGAAUUUUAUCCACCAGCACGUGCAAGUUCCCUCACUUCUGUUUUGCCUCUUUCCCUUUUGAGUGUUUUUCUGCUCAAAAGGUGAGGGCCUAGAUUCAGCAUUUGGUGCAAGGGGACCUCACUAAGAUACAGUCGUGCAGAGAAAUGAGGGUUUGUAGGAACUAGGUUUCCCACAGCAUGCGGCAUGGAAAAAUGCUGGUGAUGUUGCUGUUGGUUCCUCCCUCCUCUUGGUAUCUGGGCAGAUGCCAGUGUGAAAGAUUAGUUUAGCAAGAGUUUCUUGAAGCAGGAGAGCUUUUGUACCACAGGAUGCAGUUUAUGCCUUUGUAUUUAUACUAGUUAACUGCUACAUCUAGGAAUAAGAAUUACUCCAAAGCAUGGAAAUAUCUUGGCAAUAUCUCUACUGUGGAGUAUCGAGAUAUUGUUACCAUAUGGUACACUGGGCACCUUACACGAUAUGCUAUAUACCACAGGUGCAAUUGCUUCAAGGUUUUGCACAUUAUGCAAGCCAAAUCACAUCAGCCAGCAACUGGCAGGAGUUGUUGUUUCCAGGUAGCACUAAGGUUUGAGCCUUGGUCUCUGCGUAACAUACGGCGAGAGGGCACAUCUCUGUCACAGAUCCUCAAAAAAAACAAACAAACCACCCGCUCAGCGGAGAUGACUGUGCAUGUGCUGUCAGCAGACACAAAGUCUCAUUUGGUGUCUGCUUCUCAGAUUUGUUCUUGUGCUUUUUCCCAAAAAGUCAGAAGUGGUUUCACCUUCUUGCUUCAGAAGAUGAGAAGAAAUAGGAGAAACAAAUGGACAGGAUGGCUUAAUGAUACUUCACAAUCUUCCUAUUUAAUUAGACCGCUAUGUAACAUUAUUUAUUCACAAUGCUGUUGGCAGGAAUAAGAAAGACACAUUGCACUGCAAAUCUGUUCAGGUAGUAUCUGUGAAUGGCAGCUGCCACACAGAUCUUCAGAGACCCCCCAGACAAAUUACAGCAGGCAUGAUUGAAUAUGUAAAGCAACACCAUCUCCAGACCUAGCUGUGAGGAUGGAGUAUGCUCCUGGAAACAAAGACUUAAAAUUAGCCUUGGGUGAUAAUAUUGCAGCAUUUCUACCGGAGAAUUAAAUUUAAUCGUGUCUCUUUUCUUAUAUAAAGUCCAGUUGGUGUUUCCUUGCAAGUCUCAAAAACCUCUUACGGGUGCCUAGACUUACAGAUGUCCCUCUGUAGAAUGGAAAAAAUGUCCAAAUUCUUCCUCUUUCCCUAGCUUUGAUGUGAAUGUCUGUUGGAGGGACCAGCUCAUGCUACCUGCUAAUUCCCCUAAUCUGGACAUCUGUGUCCCCAGUUCCUUCCAUUCUCCAGUUAACAUGUUUCUCAGCUUGGAGUCUCACCCCUUCAUCAUGGGUGGACAUUUGGGUUGUAGGUCUGGUUCUGUUGAAACCAGCAGCUGAAAUUUUCUUGUCUUGCCAGGGCCUGAACUUCAUCACUCUCCCCGUCUUCUUCUGGGAGACCUUGACUCAGCCCAAGUUGAUGCCCUUAUUUGCUGCUAGGUUUUGAAGUAUGUCCAAGGAGCUAUGGCAUUUGCCUUCCCUUCUCUUCAGCUUUUUUUCAGCUGGCCCACUGAUUCGUUACAGGAGAAUUAGCUGCUCUCCUGUAUAGGAGGCCGUGGACUGUGUUUGUGGGAGAGCUGUUUUGUGGGCUUAUUCCUUCUCUUCCUAAGCCUACAGCUGGGUUCAUCUGGUCGGUCCUGCUGCCCUUCCCACAGCUGGCACCUCAGCCAAGUCCCUGGAUAACUGGACCAUGUGGCAGCAUGUGGGCAAUAAAAAGAUAACAUGUCACUGCGUUUUUCCUGGAGGCAAAGGUGUGGGCUACACCCUGAGAAGCUCUCUAGUGAUGUUAGAGGAAGAGUUGGGUCUGAUUUGCUCCCAGCUGAGCAGGGUACUGGUGAGCACAGAGGAAACUGCGCUUUUGGUUCUUACAUGUGCAGGACCCUUCUAUCCAAAUCCUUUCUGUGGCAGGUCUGGGUGAGUCCCACUGAACUACCCAGAAGGAAACCGGCAGGACCCACACAGGCUGGCCCUUUUCAAGGGUGAUGGCUGUUCCUGAUAAUGUCAAACCGGCUCAGCUUUCUUUUCAGCUUCCUGAAGACUAACGCAGAAAAUCAGUUAGGGACUGCACACAAGAAGCUGCAGCUCCUUAACCCUCCCCCAGAUAAUAAUAUACAAUAUGUCCCCGCUUUUCUCCUUCCUUGAAGUCCCCAGGAGAGAAUUAGCUGGUGCUGCAGGUGCAGCCAUCCUGCAGGGUGGUGAGAGCAAUGAAUAAUAAGGUUUUUAGCUCAAGCACACUAAGGCUGUUCAGCAGCCAUUGGAUAAUCCUCUGUUAAUCAGAUUAUGUAAAUUACUACUUCAGCAUCCCUAUCCCAUCUCUUGUCUCCCUACUCUCCAAGCCCAAAAUAAAAGGCACUCUAAGAAGGAACAUCUAAACUGCAAAAAGGCAGCACUGCUGAAAGGGGUUGGGCAGAGGGUGCUGAGACGAGGAGCAGCAGAGCCAGGCUUUGUUUCUCUGCAGACAGACACAGGCGUUCCUGGUCUGCAAAACAGCGGGAGACACCCACAAACCAAAGGUCAGGAGUAGGCACUGCCAGUGUAUUAAUGGUGUCUCCAACCAAAUGGGUUGAGGAGGGCAAUGCUGAUACGUUCCCAGAGGCCAGUGCAUUGUCCUGGGAUGUUACUUCUGGUACACUGAAAGAGCAUCCCUGACCUCCUUGCAGCAAAGUGACUUCCCACCCUCUCUUUUGCACUCAUGAUGUGUUAUGAGUUUGUUCAUUCAUAGUGUAAAGCCCAGCACCCCAAACAAGGUUAGGGUUGAGAGGCAUUUUGUCAGCAUUCUGGCCUUUAGUCACUGACUGCAGUGACCAAACAGAAUGAAAGGAUGGAUUAUCAAAAAUGGCCAUGGAAGCUGCGUCUGCAAAGCUUGUACAUGAAGGCACUCUGUCACCUAAAACCUGUAUCUGUGCUCCAGCACAUGCAAGGUAAUAACAUCCUCUGACUCUGGGUUUCAUACAGGAUUACGUCUUCCUGAAACACUUGCCAGAAGCCCAGGCAAUCACAACAGCAUCUUACUCAAGUUUUGCCAGUACUCAAAAUGUAGCUUAUGGCACUUAAUUUGUCUCUGAGGUUACUGCAUUUUCAUCUAGCUAGGACUGGUGGUUGUUGGUUUUGUGUGUCUGUGUGUUGUUUUUUUCUUUUUUUCCUUUUUUUUUUUUUUUUUGUGUGUGUGUGUAUGUGUUUUGUUUUUGUUUAUUUGUUUUGUGUGUGUGGUUUGGUUUGGUUUGUUUUACAAACUGGAAUAGGAAGCUGAGGAAUGUGAGAGAGGUCAAUUACAACUAAAACAGAGGAUCUGAGAGCUUAUUUAUUUGGCAAUUCCUUUUGUUUGUGACAAAGAUGGGGCUGCCUCUCUCAUGGCAGAUGCAAUGCACCGGACAUGAGGUUUUACACCCAAGAUAGGGUUUUCCACUGGCCUUUUGAUAUUCACUGAUCAUCAAGUGAAUUUGUUCCCAAGUCCUUCUCUACACUGUUGAAUCCUCAUAUUUACAUCUUGUUUGCAGUGGGUAGGCAAACCUGUCUGAAGGGCUACUUACAGGCUACUAAAAAUAUUGCACAUACGGAUUUCAGAGCCUGCUGCUCUGAUGGGUCAAGCUAAUCGUGGGGUGUGUCUUGGUUUAAUAAGCUCAGGUGAAACAGUGGGGCUGAAAACAUGCUAAUGUGUACACGAAGGACUUUAUUGGUGUUAAUGGAACUGCUUCCCUGUGUUGUGAUGUGGGAGGCUAGGACGUCAGCUCUGCGGGAAUAAUACUUAUCAUCAGGCAGGGAAUGGACACCCUGGUCCAAACAGUUGGGAGCUUCUGGCUGACCUUGCAAAAUUAUUUGAAAAUGCAAGUGGUCAAAUAUACAGAUUGCACAGUUGUCUCCUUGAGAAAUUUUGCCAAAAAUUUAUCUUCCUUCUUCUAUCUCCUUUUGGCUUUUGUAGAGCCAAAGGAAAGUAAAGAAAUGUAUAGCACAGUCAUAUGAUGGAACACAGGUGAAUUGAAAGAGUAAAGGAGUGAUUUCUGCAUUUUGUGGCUCAGUGCUGUUCUACAGUAACCAAUGAAAGUACAUCAGUUUACAACAGCUGAGCAUCUGAAACAUGGGCAUGUAUUUAAAAACAAUGGAAACAGAGCAAUUGAAAAUGAAGUUUGAGAUUAAUUGUACCAUCUCUCUACCAUCAAGGCAGCAAUAAGGGCAUACCUUCAUGACUGAGAAAAGAUAGGAUGGCAGAACUUUAAAAGCAGAGGAAGAAAGCUACCUUUGAGAGUCAGAAUAGUGAGCAGGUCUGGGGUUUUUACGUGAAAUAGCAUAUAUGAUCAUAAUGAAUCACUGAGAAGCUGGGCUUCUUAAGUUUCUCUUUGCACACACAUGCCCUGCUGUUCUUCCAAGUGAAGCAGUCUCAGGCAACAAACAUGGAUUUCAACCUCAGGCAUUCCCAAGCAGCAAUCUGUACUAUGAAGAUAUAUCGACUGAGAGCAAAUUCCCUUGUUCUUUGCAAGGGGUCACCUCAAAAAGCAAGCCACAUGGUUUCAUAUGAAGAAAGAGAACUUGCCAGACUAUGCAAAAUCCUGGCAACUCCCAAUGCAUCGAAUGAACAUGACUGGGCGUUGAGUGUUUUGCUUGAAGUCAUACUGGAAAUUUAAUCUCUCAGUACCUGCUUUUUGUCAUUAGUUGAAGGACUGUUGUAGGAGGCACAAAUACACCUGUGACAAAGACACUUCAGGGCUUAUAAUCUGCCCAGGAAGGUUUUCUUAUAUUUGACUCUGUGUUUCUCUGAAUCCUUGUUUUGAGUGAUGCUUAUGUGGUGGCCUUAUUGCUGCAUGCAACCUGACUGAGGUCAGUACUGUGUGUCAGUGAAAAUGGCAGCUGCUGAUUCCCUGAGAUGACUGCCUUGUUUUUUUCUGGUUUAAGUGAUUUCCAAAGAACUUCUAAUGUCUAGACAUGUCUGUGGCAGAGGGAAAGUGAGCUGCUUGUUUCUUCUCUCUUGCUGCCAGAGGAAGUUUUGCAGAAAUGUUAGGUUUUCAGUUUCUCCUGUGGCUAAACAUUUUCUUCAAUGUUAUCAGCAAGUUUCAGCAUUAAAAAGGAGAAGAUUCUUGGCUUCUGGAAUUAAGUUGAAAAGUGUGGCUAGAAUUCGAAGCACCCCCUGAUGUGAGUGUUUUGUUAUCACUAUUGAGACAUUCAAAAUGUUUCAAAAAGCUCUGUAUGAUGGAAAUAGAAUAUUUCAGCAGUCUGCAUGCAGCUGCUGUUCUGAAACUCAAGUAGCCUCCUCCAGUUCACUAUAUCCAACAUCUAUCGAUCUAAAUUUUUAUUUUAAAGGGAAAGAGCCCAGAUGUGUAUAAUUGAUUCUUAUUGUUCCCAUCUGCAGAGCAUGGCUCUGAAUUCACAUUGAGAAUGUGGCUGUGUGUUUGCAGUCUCCUGCUGUCCUUUUUCUGUCCAUCAAUUUCUGUGUGUUGCUUUCAUCAAACUGAAUGGGGUCACCCCACAAAGGGGAAAAAUAAUUUGAACUCAGGCCCGUCUCUGUCCAUAUUUGGGCAGGAUUCUCUUUGAUUUCCUGCUCAUCUGCAGUUACAAUUUUACUGGAGAAAGACAUGGUUUGAAGUGAAAAAAUUAUUAUUAUUUUUUUUUCCCCCCAUCUGAGCAUUAUUCUGUCUUGGAGAGGCUUCUGUUGUCCCUGGAAGCUGUGUAGCAGCAGGAUAAAACCUUUUGCUCCCACUUGCAUACCACACAGCCACAUAUGCCAGGAACAGCUUUUCUCCUUUCGGAAAGAGGAAUAACUAGGCUAACUCCCCUAGGAUAUUUCAGAGGCUGGAAUUUAAAUGCUGGCAUGCCCAAUUUCAGAAAGGGAAACGGGAAUCCCUGUUUUGAGGAUGUUCACACUCUGCAAACACCCUCAUGCUCUUGACAUCUUCAAAGUGGCCAAGUGUCACAUCUUCUGCCUUGCAGAUGCACGUAUGUAAACGCUGUUGUGUUAAUGACUGACAAUGAAGGCAGUCUGUUGCUUCAUCCAGGUUUAGCUGUUACUGGUAUCUGUGGUAGUGAGACAAGUUGAUAUGCUGACUCUAGUGUGUCUCUUCAGAAAGUGAAUGCACUAAAUAUGAGUUUGGCACUGCCUCUGGUGGGAGAGCAUGCCUGUGGUGAUAGCAGAAAUAGGAAAAAAACAUGUAGUCUGGAGGAGGUCCACACCCAUUCUCCUCUCCAGCCUCAGUUCUUACCCAUGACAAGGCUGAGGCUACAUUUUCUUGUCUCUCCCUGCUCUUGUUUCAUCAAACUUGCAGUGGAAUGUCUCUCUUCUAGGAAGAAUGAAUACCUGCCUGGCAGAGUGGGUCUGCACUUCAGUAAGGGCCCAUGAGCAGUACCUGAAUAAAACAGCAGUUUCUGAAACUGCAGACACAACAGCUGUAUGUCCCUAGUUACCCUGCUUGCAGAUGGAAUGUUCCCCACACUCCUCAUUGGUGCUGUAGGGGCACUGGGAAUCUACUUUCUGAGAGAAGUGGCUAUAUUACACCAGCAAACAUACUAAUUCCAGCUGCAGUCUGGAGGCAGAGUGCAAGCUGCAAAACAUAUUCUGUUCCCCCUUGACUUUUCAUUAACAGAUAAUGGGUGUCUGCUAAAAACCAGACUGAUUGCAGGUAAAGAAUUCUCCCACACCCCAAGAAAACUGUCAGGAUGGAUUGCGGCAGAAAUUUCUGUGAGGAAGAGCGUGCCCAGGGGGCAAUAUUGCUUUUACAGCUCUUGUUCCCCUUUCUUUGCCCCUGACUAAGCUAUACUAUCUUGGAAGCUAUGAAUUGCUCUAGGGAAAAGUAAUCCCAGGACUUCAGGGAUGGAUUGAUAGUGUGUUCCCCCUGCUGCUAUGUGACUGCCACAUAUGGAGAGAAAGCUGAAUGAGACUGUUGUGCUUCAUCACUGUCAAGACUCAUAGUUCAACAGGAAGUUUAAUAAAGAGACAGUGAAGCAGACACUCAUGUAGGACCCUUUUGGAGCAAUUUGAAAGGGUGGAAAAGACCCUUAAAGUAGGUAUAAAAGUCAGCAUCCCUGUGCCAUCAGUAUUCUCAAUGACUUGACACCAAUGCUGGCUGAGCACUUGGGCCCACCUGCCUAGGGCCUGACAGUGGGUUGGUGUGUCCCAUCAGCGCAGGAGAAAGUGCCACUGUACUUGCAGCAGAUGCAAGUUUUGCUGUGGUGGCCUCUCAGAGCAGGUAAGAAGUUGGGCUUGCAGGGUGCCAGGGGACAGUGGGGAGCAGGAGAGUGAGGGGAAGGUGAGAACCUCCCAGGUGCUGCAGGUUGCACAGCCUCAGCUGGGCUGGCAUAGGUGUUCAAGAGGAAUAUUUCCCUCAUGCAACAGGAGGCAGAUGAGGAGACCUUGGAAUGGGGCUGUACCACCGGAGAAUCAUAGAAUCAUUUUGGUUGGAAGAGACCCCCAAGAUCAUCAAGUCCAGCCAUAACCUAACUCUAGCACUAAACCACAUCCCUAAGAACCUAGUCUAUGUGCCUUUUAGACACCUCCAGGGAUGGUGACUCCACCACUUCCCUGGGCAGCCUGUUCCAGUGCUUCACAACCCUUUCUGUGAAAAAUUUUUUCCUAAGGUCCAAUUUGAACUUUCCCUGGUGCAACUUGAAGCUGUUUCCUCUUGUCCUAUCACAUGUUUCCUGGGAGAAGAGACCAAUACCAUCCAUGCUACAACCUCCUUUCAGGUAGUUGUAGAGAGCAAUGAGGUCUCCCCUCAGCCUUCUUUCCACCAGCCUACACAGCUCCAUUUCCCUCAACCAGUACUCGUAAGACUUGUGCUCCAGACCCCUCACCAGCUACAUCACCCUCCUGUGAACUCUCUCUAGUACCUCAAUGUCUUUCCCAUAGUGAGGAGCCCAAAACUGAACACAGUAUUCAAGGUGGGGCCUCACCAGCACUGAGUACAGGGUGAUGAUCACUUCCCUAGUCCUGUUGUCCAUACUAUUUCUGAUACAAGCCGCUAUUCUGUUGGCCUUUUUACCCACCUGGGCACACUGAUGGCUCAUGUUUGGUCAGCUGUCAAUCAACACCCCAAAUGCCUUUCAGCCAGGCAGCUUUCCAGCCACUCUUCCCCAAACCUGUAGCGCUGCCUGGGGUUGUUGUGACCCAAGUGCAGGACCCAGCACCAGCACUUGGCCUUGUUGAACCUCAUGCAAUUGGCCUCAGCCCAAUGAUCCAGCCCAUCCAGAUCCCUCUAUAUGGCCUUCCUGCCCUCAAGCAGAUCUACACUCCCACCUAACUUGGUGUUGUCUGCAAUCUUACUGAGGGUGCAUUUGAUCCCCUUGUCCAGAUCAUUGAUAAAGAGAUUAAACAGAACUGGCCCCAGUGCUGUGCCCUGGGGAACACCACUCACGACCGGCCGCCAAUUGGACUUGACUCCAUUCACCACAACUCUUUGGUCCUGGCCAUUCGACCAGUUCUUUAUCCAGUGAAGAGUACACCUGUCCAUUCCAUGAGCUGCCAGUUUCUCGAGGAGAAUGCUGUGAGAUACUGUGUCAAAGGCCUUACUGAAGUCUAGGUGGACAACAUCUGCAGCCUUUCCUUCAUCCACUAAGUCGGUCACCUUGUCAUAGAAGGAGAUCAGGUUGGUCAAAGGACCUGCCUUUCAUAAACCCAUGCUGACUGGGCCUGAUUGCUCGGUUGUCUUGUAUGUGCUGUGUGAUUGCACCUAGGAUGAUCUGCUCCAUAACCUUCCCCGGCACUGAAGGUCAGACUUCAAUUUACUGCAUCCUCCUUCUGGCCCUUCUUGUAGAUGGGUGUCACUUUUGCCAGCUUCCAGUCAACUGGGACCUCCUCAGUUAGCCAGGAUUGCUGAUAGAUAAUAGAAAUUGGCUCAGUGAUCACCCCUACCAGCUCCAUCAGCACCCUUGUAUCCUAUCUGGCCCCAUAGACCUCUGGGUGUCUAAGUGGUGUAGCAAGUCACUAACCAUUUCCCCUUGGAUUAUUUGGGCUUCAUUUUAUUCCCUGUCCUCGUCACUUAGGAGGCUGGUUAUCCGGAGCACAACUAUUCUGACUAUUAAAGACUGAGGCAAAGAAGGCAUUUAGUACCUCAGCCUUUCCCGCAUCCUCUGUCACUAUGUUUCCCCUGCAUCCAUCAGGGGAUGGAGAUUCUCCUUAGCCCUCCUUUUGUUGCUGAUAUAUUUAUAGAAACAUUUCUUGCUACCCUUUACAGUAGUAGCCAGGCUCACAUCUAGUGGGGCUUUGGCCCUUCUAAUUUUCUUCCUGCAUAACUUCAUGGUAUUCUUGUAUUCCUCUUGAGUAGCCUACCACUCCUUCCAAAGGUUAUAAAUUCUCUUUUUAUUCCUAAGUUCCAGCCGCAGCUCUCUAUUGAGCCAGGCCAGCCUUUUUCCCUGCCAGCUUGUAUUUCAGCACAUGCAAUGUGGUGGGGCUUUUCUGAAGUACUUGGAAGGGGCUAUAAUGUCCCUUGUUUUCCCAGUGAGACAGAUUUCUCACCAUGAACCUGCCUCUGGAGAAGGCAUGGGUGAAACUCAUAUCUGACAGCAACAGGGGCAGGAUCCAGCUUUCUUCCAUGGAUAUGUGAGAAUGCAUAGCAGCCCAUCCAGCCUCUCUCCCAGGAAGGACAGACACUUUCCUGGCUGCAUAUUUUAUAGUCCUUCAUCUGGCCAGGUUUUGAAAACCCCAGGCAGUGAAAUAUCCAAGCAGUAAGCAAUAAAGAGCUUUAGCUCCCUCCCAUUUCUGGACUGGCAAGCCCUUCCCUACUGUUGUCUGAGGGCAAAUUGUGGUUAAAUAAUGUGUUGGUGUGACAAAGAGAAGGAGCACUCUGCAACUUUCCGAUGUAAAUUACAUGGAAAUUAGGCUUUUGUGAGGCCAAAGGCCCCUCCGGAAUAGGGCCUUUAGUUAACAUAACACUUGUGGUAAAUGGAGCAGUUGACACAGCUUUCAGGCAGUAGUGCUGCUCUUAAUUUACUGUGCAAAAGCACUGAACCUCCAGUCAAGCUCUGUGGGGAAUGACUUGCCUCGGCAGGGACUUGGGGCUCAUUCUCUCCAGAGAGCAGUCACAUCAUUCCACCACUGGUUUGCUAUAAUUUAUGGGGAAAAUCCUGUUAAACAAAACAUUUGCAGUGCUUUUAAAAAUCUGGUAGGUGAGCCCUACCUAGCCAGCUUACUGUUCUGGAUGGGGUAGUAUGGACAAGAGCUGAACAUUAUUGAGGCUUGGCAGAGGAAAGUGGUGGAGUGUGCUUAAAGCUGCCUUAUCCUGGAUGUAGGCAUUUUCCUGCCCUGUGAUUUUAGUGGGGUGAUUAGCUGGGGCUUCUCCUUCCCCAUUCCUUCCUCUCCUUUAGUAUCCUGUUGCUCCCAGUGUGUAAAUCGAUAUCUUGUUCUGGUUCUCCCUAUUUACUCUUACCUUCACCCAAGGCAAACUUCCAGCACCUGAGGAAGAAGUGGUUGGAGGUGCAGAUGAGGUCCUAUAGGUCCCAAAGUAUUUUUAUGUUUGUAAGAAAGUUAUGCCCUUAUCUGCUUGUACCUGGGACAAUUUUGUGACUAUUUUCCUGUGGAGACAGUUGUCAUCCAGGGGAAGCGUGAGGCUGGAUGGACCAGUCUCUCUCGUGGACGAAGAGGUGUGUGCUCAGCUGAUGGAGAUACUGUUAGCCUUCUUUUUUUUUCUUUUUCUUUCUUUUCUUCUCCCCCAGUCAGAUGUCAGCUUGGUUGUCUGUUGUCCAUGAGCAGAGAGGAAGUUUUGGGGCCACCCCAGCAGUGCAGAAAGAAGUCUCUGUUUCACUGACCCUGCAUCCUAGACACAGUGGUACGGAGUUGGCUCAUCUUUGUUGUAAAAGCACGAAAUAAACCUACCCUUAGUGCACUGGGUGGGCCCCAAAGUGAAGGACAAGCUGACAGAUGUGCAAAUUCAUACCUGCAGCCUCCUGCUGUCAUGCAGACUUAGGCAGACUUUGGGGCAGCUCUGAGACUGUAGCAGCUCUAGCUGUCCUCCAGGCUGCAGAAAGUGCUAGCUGUGACCCUAAGCACAAGUGCUAAGCUGUGACCCCAAAAAAGGCAGUGCAGGAUCAAUUUGCCUGUGCAUAGUCACCCCACAACCUCACCACACUUACUGUUAGAGUAGAGAGGGAAUCUCUUGCUUAGGAACACAUUAAAUACACUAGGCUGUUCCUCAGUACUGAGUUAUGUUAAAGCUGGCUUUUGAAUGAGCACUGCAUCUCUGUUUCUGGAAACACUUACAAGCUCAGAGCUGACUAAUAAAUUCAUUUAAAAAUCCCCUGAAAAAAAAAAAAAAAAAAAGAAGACGACAAAAAAAAUCAGAUUCUUGCCACAAGCAGCUUCCAUCCCUGUCCACAAAGUGCACCUGACCUAGCCGAAGCUGCUCUAAGGCUAGUAAGCACAGGCUCAGCUACCACCCCAUACCAGCCCCAGAAAAGGGCAGAGGGCAUAUGGUGAGAAAAGAAAAGGCAGGAUAGAGAGAAUCUCCUGGGAGAUGCAAAACAAGCUCCUUGGAUUGCCAGGACUAGUGGUGACACGCGCCAGACAAAGGACCUGCUACUCUAUAAAUGAGGCAGCCAGGACCGGUGCUAGGCUGACUCCAGGGAGAGCGAGCUCUGUGGCUGGGCACUGUGAAAACAGUCGAGAAAGAAAAAUAGGAAGCAUCUGAUUUUACUGUCCAUUGGUGCAGCUUUCAAGAGCUGCAAGCACCUGUGACCAGAAAACACUUUGAGGAUGGCAAGGAAGAUCAUCACCAACACCAGGGAGCGAUGGAGGCAGCAAAAUGUUAACAGUGCCUUCGCCAAGCUGAGGAAACUCAUUCCCACCCACCCACCAGACAAAAAACUGAGCAAGAAUGAGACACUCCGGUUAGCUAUGAGAUACAUCAACUUCCUUGUCAAGAUCCUGGGGGAGCCUGGCCUGCAGCAGACAGCAGUAGCAGCGCGGGGCAGCAUCCUGGAGUUCUUCCAGCAAGCCCCACACUUGCAAAGCAUGGAGGAGCUGACUCUGAUAGAAAACUGUGGAGUCUCAUCUCCUGGCAUGAGCAGCAACAUCGUAGAGUGUUGGUCAGAGACAUCAUUUCCCUAGCAGACUUGGUGUUAGUCUGACAGACCUGCUCUUUCUGCAGAAUCUAUGGGUUUCUUCUCUAGUUACAGUGAUUAUUUAUUAUUGGUUUAUUUGGUAUAUUUUUAUCUAAUAGGAAAGAAAAUCCUUGGUCAGCCAACAACCUGCAAGACUGGACAGAGAACUUGCAGCCCCUGGGAACCUGGAAUGACUUACUGCUGCCACAGCAGAGUCCAACACAGAAGGGCCUUCUGCCCUGAUGUCCUCCAUAAAUCAGGCCAUAGAAAUUCAUCCAGUGUUUCUGGCAUGGAAGCAGAUUAUUCUUUCAUGAGGAAACUCUGCUGAGCUCAAGAAUGAUGACUGCACCACAAAAUUUGUCCAAGACAGACAUCUGGCCUCAGUAGUGAAAGAUUUUGAGAGAUGCAACGUUUGCCACAGUUCUCCAAUAGUGGUUCCAGGGGCUGACUACAUUGACUCUUCAGACUGUGGAUCUUAUUUCCAGCUCUUUUUUUUUUUUUAAAUACAAGCCCUAGCCCUUGAACCUGGCUGCAUCUUUCUCCAUCAUAAUGGAGAGAUCACUAGUGUCAGAGCAAAAUGCUAUUAAAAAAUUUAAACAUAAGGUUGAAAGAAAAAUGUCAAUUUACAAUAAAAGUAGACAGUCAUAGAUGAGUUUCAGUGGUAAACCUCCUCUGUAGCAGUGACAGUGUGCAAGGCAAGAAAGUUGAUCAGCAACGUUCCAGCUGCCUUAAAGGUUGUCAGAUUGUUAGCUAAGUAUCUUUGUUCUUCAACAGCUAUAGAUAGCUAUGGGUGUAGGUCUUCUUUUGGGAGGGAGGUCCUAGGUGAAAGGCAUUAAUGAGGCACUGUGAAAACCUUCAGGAAAUGUCAGUGAGCAGUGCCCCUCCUAUGCCAGAGUGCAGAAGGAGCUGCAGCGUGUCUGGGCCUGGCAGAAGAUUGCUGGGCAUGCACCGCUGCUGGACUGCAGUGCCCCUCCGGCAUUAAGCUCCUGAACAGCUCUGCUUUUGCUCCUUCAGGGAGCAGAACUGAGCUGCACUCAGCUUUGCUGUCACCUGUAACACCCUGGUGCUAUGAUGCCGGGCUGAGUGAAGCUGGGUUGAUGUCUGGCCCAGGCAGGGUACCAAGACCACGGACAAGACUAGGGGUAUGCUGCUUGCAUACCCAGCUGACUACCUUUAAACUCCCCGCUUUCACCUGCUGUGCUUGAGGUUUCUGCAUCUGGACACUAUCCUAAAUGGGCUGAUGGAGCAAACACAAAGAAAUUGGUGUAAAGGCCUUUCACUUGAUUCACUGGGUCACUUCCCCACAGGAUAUUCCAGCCAUCAUGCUGUAGGUGUUUAGAUGCCAAGCAAGACUAAAAGAGGUCUCAUGAAGGUGACCAUUGUGGGUUGUUGCCCACAAAUUAAUUUAAUUUCCUGAUUAAGUUAUAACCUGUGCCAACAGAGGUCUGGAUUACUCAUGCAUGUUAUAAAGUUGCCCAGAGCAACAGAAAACCUGACACCAGGUUUAAGUAGAAGUGCUUCCUAGUCAGAUCCUGCUCCCACUGACACAGGUCCUUUUGAUCUCCAUGUGGACCAAGGUAUAUGUCAAUGCUUAGAAAAGACAACUGUUCACCACUGGUGAAGAAAUGGAGCUCCCAUGUGUGAAGGCACAUCCCUGGGCUGUUUCUGUUUAUCCUUGAGACACUGAUCUGCCUUCAGGAAGCAGAGAUAGGGUUCAUGCAUGUAACACAUACAGCACUUCCGUGUGAUGGGAUUUGGCACCCAAAGCUGAGCUGCCUUUCAAAGCCUCACCAACCAUCAGGUGACCAAAGAAGCCAAGGCUGGCUCCUGCUAAGCAUGUAUUGGGUGUCUGACAGGAACAAAGCUUACCUCAUCCAGGGCUGGUGCUGUAAAGCACAGGCUUGCCAGUGUACAGAUUUUGACCAAAGGAAAAAGAAAAGGAAAACCCAAAAUUGUUCAUGGUGAUUUCAUUUUGUUUCUGAACACUGCUAAUCUUCAGUUUGCUUACCCCUGAUUUCUGAGCUGUCAGGGCUUGAGACUCCACUGGAGAACAGCUAAAUGGAAAUACACUGAAUGUUUUUUUCACGGUCCAUAAAAUCAGUGCUGUUUUCUCCCCACCUCUGCCUGCUUUGAUGUUACUAUAUGGAGUCACAGACACUUCCACAGAGCACCUCAAGCGUAAUGAGCCAAGUCCUCCUCCCUGCUUUCUGUUGACUUACUGGGUGUUACAGCAGGAUAAAUUAGUUGAAGUAGAUGAGAGCACUUAUUGGCAAGGUGUGGUAAGGGCUAUUUGGUCUAUCGUCAGCCACUUGCUAUCCUAAGAAACACAUGUCAGCAAGGCAAGCCCAAACAUCUUAUGAGCAGAGUUAUUGUCCAGGGAAGGAGAAGAAAACCUUGACAUUUUCUAACAUUAUGUGCUUUUUAUAUUUUCUGUCCUAAAAAUCUUCCCUUCUUGUUAUUGCUUUGGAUAAUAUCAAUGCUUUGUUUGUUCUUUCCAUUUAGAAGCUGUCUACUCUCAUGUUCAGCAUGUAUUUGACUAGAUCUAUCUACCAAAGAUUUUUGUUUUGGUCAGGUUUCUUCCUCACCUUUUGUGGAUUUCUUAUCUGCAUGAUCAUGAACAAACACAGUGUACCCGAUCACAUUUUGUACUAUAUGAUGUUAUUUGACAUCUAAUAUAUUCCAAAUAAAUUAUUUAAGGAACUAA